ACUUCCCUCUUUUCCAAAAUUAAAACGCGAUCGUCAUGCUCUCCGGCGAAGAUUCCGACCGUAAACUAGGGUACAUGAACCGGAACGAUGCGGAAGUGCAGCUUCCACGGACGACGGGGGUAAAAAACAAAACUCCGGCUCCGGUGCAAAUCACCGCCGAGCAAAUUCUUAGGGAAGCACGAGAGAGGCACGAUGCUGAAAUCCGUCAGCCUAUGCAGACAAUUACUAAUUCAACUGAGCUUUCCGAGUACAGACUCCGUCGUCGGAAAGAUUUCGAGGACCAGAUCCGUCGGGGGAGAUGUAACACCCAAAUUUGGGUCAGGUAUGCGCAGUGGGAAGAAUCGCAGAUGGAUUACGCACGUGCUCGUAGCGUGUGGGAACGAGCCUUAGAAGCAGUAGAUUAUAAGAACCAUACUCUCUGGGUCAAGUACGCCGAGUUUGAGAUGAAGAACAAGUUUGUCGACUUUGCGAGGAACGUUUGGGAUCGUGCGGUUACGAUCCUCCCUCGAGUGGACCAGCUUUGGAAUGAGUAUAUCUAUAUGGAAGAGAAACUUGGCAAUAUCGUCGGAGCUAGAGAGAUCUUCGAGCGGUGGAUGAAUUGGUCACCGGAUCAAAAAGCUUGGCUCUGCUUUACUAAAUUCGAAGUUAGGUAUGGUGAAAUCUAUCGUGCUAGAUCAAUCUACCAGAGAUUUGUUCUUUGUCAUCCGAAUGUUUCUGCUUAUACUCGUUAUGCAAAGUUUGAGAUGAAGCUUGGUCAAGUUGAGCUUGCUAGGAAAGUGUUCGAAUGCGCGGAGAAGGAGCUUGCAUACGAUGAUGAAGAAGCUGAGAUUCUCUUUGUGGAGUUUGCUGAAUUUGAAGAACGAUGCAAGGAAGUAGAACGGGCGAGGUUGAUUUACAAGUUUGCUCUUGAUCGUAUUCCUAAAGAAAGAGCUGAAACUUUGUACAGUAAGUUUGUGGCGUUUGAGAAACGAUAUGGUGAUAAGGAAGGGAUUGAGGAUGCCAUUGUCAGCAAAACAAAGAUACAGUAUGAAGAUGAAUUGAGGAAGAACCCUUUGAACUAUGAUUUGUGGUUUGAUUACAUUGGGUUAGAGGAGACUCUAAAGAACAAGGAUAGGAUAAGAGAAAUCUAUGAGAGGGCUAUUGCUAAUGUUCCACCUGCUCAAGAGAAACGAUACUGGCGAAGAUACAUAUAUCUUUGGAUUAAUUAUGCGUUGUAUGAAGAGAUUGAGACCGAGGAUGUGGAGCGUACCCGAAGUGUUUACAGAGAAUGCCUCAAGCUUAUCCCACACACCAAAUUUUCUUUUGGCAAAAUAUGGUUGCUCGCUGCACAAUAUGAAAUCAGGCAAUUGAAUCUCACGGGUGCAAGGCAGAUAUUAGGAAAUGCGAUUGGGAAAGCUCCAAAAAAUAAGAUAUUCAAGAAAUACAUUGAGAUCGAAUUCCGGUUGGGAAACAUAGAUAGAUGUAGAAAAAUAUACGAGCGUUAUCUUGAAUGGUCUCCUGAGAAUUGCUAUGCUUGGAGAAACUAUGCUGAGUUUGAGAUGUCUCUUUCUGAAACAGAACGAGCUAGAGCUAUCUUUGAACUUGCAAUAUCUCAGCCUGCUCUAGACAUGCCCGAGCUGCUAUGGAAGACGUACAUUGAUUUUGAGAUAUCAGAAGGGGAACUAGAGAGGACACGUGUGUUAUAUGAGCGACUCUUGGGCCGUACAAAGCAUUGCAAGGUGUGGGUUAGCUUUGCAAAGUUUGAAGCUUCUGCUGCGGAACACAAAGAAGACGAGGAAGAAGAAGAAGAUGCUAUUGAAUGCAAAAAAGACAGCAUCAGACGUGCCAGAGCGAUCUUUGAUAGAGCCAACACAUACUACAAAGACUCCACACCGGAGCUGAAAGAAGAGCGUGCUACGCUUUUGGAGGAUUGGCUUAACAUGGAGACGGAAUUUGGUAAACUUGGGGAUGUUAGUGUCGUUCAAUCAAAACUCCCUAAGAAGCUCAAGAAGAGAAAGCCAACCAGUGGCGAAGCCGGCUCUACAGAGUAUGAAGAAUACAUUGAUUAUUUGUUCCCAGAAGAAUCACAUACGACGAAUCUUAAGAUUCUUGAAGCUGCUUAUAACUGGAAGAAGCAGAAGGUUGUUAAAGCUGGGGAAUGAGUCUAGUCUAUAGUGGUUAACAUAGUGUUAUGCAACACCCUUCCAGCUUAAAAAUUAUCAUAAUGUAGUAGGUGAUGAUGUUUCUUGCGGUGUUAGUAUUAUUGAUCUAAUGAUACUGGAACAUAUAUAUAUGCUGAUAAGAACCAGACAAGUAAGAAAUCAUAUAGAUUCAGAUGGAGAAGGUUCGGCAAGGCA